CUCAUAUAUACAACCCAAUUUGCAAAUGAGUUUAGCGUCGAGCUUGCCGACCCGGUAGAGUCAAAUUUCACAACAGCAUUGGUGGAUAGACUUAAAAUCAAGCCUACAACAUUUAAAGAAUGGAAACAGAGACACUACUUAACAGGUUAUUUGAAUAAUAACCAGAAAGUAAAAGUAUACAUAACAAGGAAUGUUGGGUGGGAUGAUGUGCUAGGACCCAAAUAUAGAAACGAGAUAUUAGUAAAAUGUGAUAUACCAUGUAUUUGGAAAGAAGGACAUCUAGAUCAAGUAGAACCCAAAGAGCUUAAAACCAACCUAAGGCAUAUCAUCCGGAGUUUCAUGAUCAAACCGACCUUUUUGAUAUACGUUCAACAUUCAGAUAUUCCCACAAGUUACGUCCGACCAGACUUCGAGAGUUGGCGAACUCAACAACCCUUUAAUAUAACAAAGCUAUCACAAAAUUCAACUUUUAUUUCUUUCAUAACUUCUCACAGAACUGAAUUUCGUGAAACUUGGGUUCCAACUCUUCAGGCCUACAUUCCGGUCGCAUCCUUCGGUUCCUUCCUUCCGAACACCCCAUGGGAAACGCAUCCUGAAUGCAUGAAUUUAGAACAUUUUAAAGCAAAAAAUUGUAUUAUCUCUAAAUAUCCAUUUUAUUUAUCCGUUGAAAACUCCCAAGAGAAGGAUUACUCAACCGAAAAGCUUUGGGAUCCAUUUUAUUUAGGAGUUGUACCCGUUAUUUGGGGCGCACCUAAUACUCGCUCAUACUUACCACAUCCUAAAUCUGCUAUUUUUAUUGAUGAUUAUCCAAAUGUCGAAGCUCUUGCAAAUCACUUAAAGUAUUUAGUUAAAAAUAAAACAGCAUAUUUAGAGUAUCAUGCGUGGCGGGCUAUGAAUUUUUCAGAUGGAUUUAAGUUUAUUCACCAAUACUGUUGUGAAAUUUGA